AAAAUAACUGUAGAGAUGGCCGAAAUACUUCACUUCGCUAGAGGUGGCCACAAUUUCAAUCGAAAUCAAAACUCGCUACUUUUCUGCGAGGCAUGGUUUUGAUGCGUUCGCUGAUGUAUGGAUGUUACCAUUUUGAUUGCGACUUUGAAAUCAAGCGAAAUUGAAACCUAAUCUAAAAUCAAACGAAGGGAAGUCUUCAAAGAUCUUUCAUCUGAAUGUUUCGCAUUCAUCUUUAGCACAAAUACGGGGCGUAGUCAUCUUUUUCAAGACGUACAAUCAACAAUCAACAUUGCACUUAUCUCUCCGCUUAGUCAAUUGUCUCUCUACACAUCGAACAGUAUAAUACAAUGAUCAUAGACAAUGGAAAUAGCAUGAAUCCCACGGCUUCGUUCGUUGGUAAUCCGAGGCGCAAGGCUUUCGCGGAUAUCACUAAUGCAAACCAAGGCAUUUCCUCAAAAAGCAACAAUCUCAAGGGAAAGUCUGCCUUCAUACUGCCUACAAAGCGAGAACCGACCAUACGGAAUGUGUUUGGAAUCCAGGAACCCAGCAACAAUACCCACGCCAUCGCCACUGGUUCGAGCUGCAUCCCCAGUGAUAUCAACGUCCCUACCAAAGCGUCAGGUGUUUUUCUUGGUCAGUCCUCCAGUUUGCAGCUGGGUGUCCCUCGCUAUCAGCAGAGUCGACGAGUGACGGACAUCGACGAACGCGACAAAGACGACGAGCUUGCUGUUUCGGAGUAUGCCGCUGAUAUCUACUCUCAUUUCAAGGUGCAGGAACGCACAAUGACCCACGUCCCUCCCCACUUUAUGGCAAUGCAGCCUCAGAUUACUGAAGAAAUGCGCGGGGUUCUAGUUGAUUGGUUGGUGACCCUCCAAUUCAGCUUCCGGCUCGGGAGUGAAACGCUGUAUCUUGCUGUGAAUCUUACCGACCGAUACUGUAGUGUCAACGAAGUACCGCGAAGCACGCUGCAGCUGGUCGGGGCCACUGCGCUAUUCAUCGCGUCCAAGUAUGAGGAAGUUUCCCGCGCUCUGUGGGUUAACGACCUUGUCGCCAUUUGUGAUAAUCUGUACUGCCGACAAGAGUUCGUCAAGAUGGAGACACAAAUCCUCAGUGCCCUGGGAUUCAAGAUAUCGGCCCCGACGGCCUUCUCAUUUCUGCCUCGCUACCUCAAGGCUGGACAUGCCGACCAGAACCUUGCUCAACUUGCCGCAUACGUCUUGGAAGAGACACUCUUGAGCUACCCCUUGCUCACCUACCUACCAAGCCAACUUGCUGCUGCUUCGGUUCUUAUCGCCCGCAAUGCUACCGGACGGAAACCUUGGAGCCCCACCUUGUUGAAAUAUGCAGAGUAUCGUGAAGAGCAGGUUGUUCCUGUUGCACGCGCCAUUCUCAAAGAGAAGGACCAUCUUCCCGGUAUUACGAGCGUGUACAAGAAAUACAGCUCACGACGCUUUGGACGUGUCGCUGAGAUUGAUGUGUCUCUAUCUGAGAUCAUCGGAGCAUGGUAAAGCUAUUGACGACGAAUAAACACGGAAGAAUGCUAGCUGCCUAGGAUUGGAUCGGGGCGUCCAUUAGCUAGACCUAUGGCUCAAUGCCUUCAAUUAAUUUCAUAACACAACGCCUGAGCUCUCUC